AUGCGGUCGUCGCUGGCGCAUUUCUUGCCGGCCCGCGUGUCGCCGGGCGUGGCGAGGGCGCUGCUGGGGGCGGCGUGGGUGGCGGGAUGGGCGGGGCUGUGCGCGUGGGUGGUGUGGUUCGCGCACUCGCAGGCCGCCAAUCCGCGGCAGGAGGCGAUGCGAGCGUGGUGUCGCACGCGCGUGCGAUACCUCCACCAGGACAUCCGAUCGUCCAUCUCCCGCGCGCAGGUAGUAGCACACAUCGCAAUGGCACGUGCGCA